AUGGAUACCACUAUCCUGUAUGAUGUGUGUAAGAAGAUUUGUGGUACGUGGGAUUGGACGUCUAAUGGUAGCUUGUGUAACAAGGGAACUCAGAUUAUUCUUGGAUGUAAUGCUAAUGUGGUGGAUGUCAUGGUGUUAUCUCAGACAAAUCAGGUCAUACAUACUCAAAUUGUUUUUAAAACUGAUAACAAGGUGAUGUUUUGUUCUUUUGUUUAUGCGGAAAAUUACUAUAAAAAGCGUAGAGAGUUGUGGGAGAAUCUAUGCUUUCGUAACAAGUUUGUGUAUGAUAAGCCAUGGAUGAUCCUAGGUGACUUUAACUCUUCGUUGAGUAUGGAGGACAACCUGUUCGGUUCAUCUAAAGUCACGACAGGAAUGAAAGAUUUUAAAGAUUGUGUCAAUGAGCUCGAAGUUGUGGAUAUAAAUAGUUCUGGUAUCCAUUUUACGUGGAGACAGAAACUGAAAAAAGGAGUUGGUAUUCUGAAGAAGCUAGAUCGUAUCAUGGGGAACACAUGUUUUCUUGACUCAUUCCCGGCGGCUUGUGCGUUAUUUCUUCCGAGUAGGAUUUCAGAUCACACUCCGUGUAUAUUGAAGCUUCCUUCGGUCAGACCUGGUAAGCCGAAACCUUUUAAAUUUGCGAAUUUUCUAACUGAAAAAGCAGGGUUCAGGGAUGUUUUUAGCAAUGGGUGGAAGGUGGAUGUGGAAGGGGUGCAUAUGUAUAAGGUGGUUAAAAAGCUAAAAGUUAUGAAAUCGCCGUUACGCAAACUCCUUCAAUCCCAAGGAAAUCUUCACAAAAAGGUUGUGGAUACUCGUAGAGAAUUGGAGAACAUCCAAGCACAAAUAGAUAGUGAUCCGCCUAAUUACUCUCUUCAUGAAAGGGAAGCUAUUAUAAUGAGAAAUCUCAAUGUUGCUACACUUGAUGAAGAAAACUUUUUGAAGCAGAAAGCCAAAGUCGAAUGGCUUGGUGUUGGGGAUUCAAAUGCAGCAUACUUCCACAAUAAGGUUAAAAGCAAAAAUCAUCGUGGAGAUGCUCCUAAAGCCCUGGUUGAUUAUUAUGAGAAGUUCUUAGGUACUCAUGGCACUUCGACUACUCUUCCAGCAGAUGAGUUAUUUUCUAAAAAGCUUUCAGCUCGACAAGCUAAGUUUAUGGUCCGUGAUGUCACGAAUGAAGAGAUCAAAGAGGCGAUGUUUGGUAUUGGAGUUAAUAAAGCUCCCGGUCCGGAUGGUUAA